GCAGCUAAACCGGGCGACCCGUGGUGUGGGAAGGGAACACUGACGACUAGUCAGUAGUCACUCAGGACAUUGUGAAAGACGAGUGAUCCGUUCCGUGCAAUUCAUUCGUGGAGCUGUACGAGCUGAAUCUCCCGGCCGCCAUGAACCGAGACGUGACGCGGCUGAUGGAGCACAUGCGGAAGGAGGACGGCUACGCCUCUGUCAUGCAGAGUCUGGAGCGGCUGGUGGCCUCGCACCCGGAGCUGUGUGACGCUGACGACUAUCGCGAGCAGCUGUUGACGCUGGUGCGCUCGUCGCGCUGCCAGCGCCGGCUGCAGAACCUGGUGCAGCAGACGGUGCUCAGCCGGCCGGACCUGCUGUAUCCGCCCGGUUACCCACUCGAGGCCAUUCAGGAGCCGCUCGACUACAUGCGCCGGGCGCAGCGCGCCUGGGAGCGUCGCCUCUACAAGUCGCUCAACGCCAUGAGCGCUGAGCUCGGGGUACCUCUGGCGCGUCUCCGGCCGCCGGCGCAGCAGCAGAAGAUUGUCGAGAGGCCCGAGGAGGCGUCUCAGGACGAGCCAGUCGAGUUGGAGCGAUUCCGACCCGUCUACGCCCCAAAGGACUUCCUGGAGGUGCUGACACGAGUGGAGAACCCCAACUACGCGGCCUCGAGCAGCGACUUCCUGUACGGAAUGGUGCGUCUGCCGCUGCCAGUGCCCGACCUGGCUGAGCUUCGGCAGCAGUUCGAGGAGCUGGGCAGCUCGCGGCUGCAGCACCUCAGCAUGUCUGCCGACCUGCCGGCCGCUGGUAAACCGCACCUCAGCGUCGCCCAGUAUCGGGAGAUGCUCGGCGCCCGACUCCUAGAGCUGGACGACGCGCCGGCCGCGCGCGAAUUCGCCAAACUGGGCGUGCCGCAGAGCCAGCGCGGCGAGCUCUGGUGUCAGAUGCUGGGAGUGCGGCCGGACGCGAGGCACACGGCGCAGCUAGAGGAACUGGAUCGGGCCGUGCUGCAGCAUCAGCUGCUCGCCGACCGACUCGUGGCACGUGACGUUCAGCUGACCGCCGGCAACGACGACCAGUACUUUGUGUUUUCCGAGCUGCUGCGCGCGACGCUGCUGCGAUUCCUGCGUCACACAGCACUGCUGGAAGCACUGACGCCGCUCCCAGGCCGGCCUGCGCGUGCGACCGCCGCCGGAGCGCCCGACACUCCACUGGCGUACCCGCCAUGCGGUGUGGUGCCCUUCCACGGCUUCUCCAUGUAUCUAGCACCGCUCUGUUUCGUUCUCAGUGACCCGACGCGGCUGCUGAUGGCGUUCGAGCGGCUGUACUCGCGGUACUUCGUGCUGCUCCACACGCUCUCCAGCCGUCCGGACGGUAUCGUCAGUCUCAGCCUACUGCUGGAGCGGCUGCUGCGCGAGCACGAGCUGACGCUGUGGCUGCACUGCCGGCGGUGUCGCGUGCAGCCGCUGCGGCUCGUCUUCCGGUGGCUGGUGCGCGCCUUCUCGGGCUACCUGCGCGUCAGCCAGCUGCUGCCGCUGUGGGAGCUGGUGCUGGCCUACGACUCGCUGCGGCCGCUGGCGCUGCUGGCCGCCGCCGUGCUGGCCUACCGGCGCGCCAGCCUGCUGGCCGCCACCAGCCAGCAGACCAUGGAAGCCGUGCUGGCCGACCUCUCAUCCAUCCGCGUGCUGCCGCUGCUGCGCGCCGUGCUCGGGCGCUGGACCGCCUGACCUGGGCGGGAGCGUCGGCGUCUGACCCGCUACAGGCCGGUCCGGGCCAUCCCGGGCAGAGAAGCGCAGCAGGUCUGUGU